UCUUGUUUAAAUGCUACUUAGUUUAUUCUUUGGCUACUUAUUUGGCGCAGACUAAUUUUGGCGCGUGCAAAAUAUCAAACUUAUUAGACGAAGUGAAAAGUUUAUUGUAGUAAAAAUAUGUUUAAUAAAGUGCAUAUUUUAUCUGUUGGUUAUUCUCAAUGUGAUCCGUUAGAUUCCAAGAGCAUGAAAGCAAACUGCAGUUCGACUUUAAUUAAGACUUACUGCGGUAAAAAUAUUAUUGUGGAUACGAUGACCGCUUGGGAUGGCGACUUUAUUGUGAAAGCCUUAAAGGAACAUUCGCUGGAACCCAACGAUAUUAAUUACGUCGUAUGCACUCAUGGACACUCAGACCAUAUUGGAUGUAAUUAUCUUUUCGUUAAUGCGGAGUGGCACUUUGUUGGUUCAUGCAUGUCCCAUCAAGAUAAAUAUCCCGACUACGACUGGGAGCACCCAUAUUCACUGGUUGAGGGGGAAGUUGAGAUAAUUCGUACUCCGGGGCAUACUUUGAAUUGUGUUUCGUUGAUUGUUAACAACACUGACUUGGGAGGUACUGUUGGUGUUUGUGGCGAUUUAUUUGAAAAUAGUCAAGAUGUGUGGGAUUCUCAACUAUGGAUAAGUGCCGGUUCGGAAAACCAAAAAAUGCAGAAGGAAAACCGUUUAAAGCUAGCCAAAUUGUGCUCUUAUAUAAUUCCAGGACAUGGGGAAGGGUUUGUUGUUACCGAUGACAUUAGAAAUAAGCUACAACAAGAUUGCAAUGAAAUUUAAAUAUAAAUAAAAUGCACGCAUACAUAUGUAUGAAUAUCAAGCCAGGGUGGAAUUUUCUAAUAAGAGAUUUUCCGUCGGCAAACACUUGUAUUUUUGUGCCACAAACUUGAAGUACAUAGUGAUUCUCAAUUUGCUUAACCGUUAGCAAUGUAGAUUCUAAAAAAAUGGACACGAUAUCUCGAAUCUCAGUUGUAAUAGAGAGAUUCAACCAGAUUCGGAUUCAGCGCUCGAGAAAGUUAAACUGACGAACAUAAUACCAUUUGGCGCAAUGAGGGCAGAAUUAAAAAUAUGGAUGAGAGAACGCCAUAAGGUCUCUUGGAUAAUGAAACGAUGGGUAAAAACAGAAAGAUGCUCUGGGGUAACAAUAACGAGAGCAGGACGAUAAGCCUCCUCAAAAUGAGCAUGUCUCGUCUGAAAGGUAUAUCUCGUAUAUGAAUCGGAAGAAGAUACUAUCGAUCAACGAAUAUAUAAAUGCCGAUUCUUUUAUCGUAAAUCGUUUGAGUGGUACCUUUAUCUAGAGAAAGCAAGUGUAAAUCGAAAACCAUGUUUUGCUGUCUUAAAAUAAUAGUAAUGCGAGAGGAAAACGUUAGAGAGGGCUUAGGAACUAAUCUUUUGAAUAAAAUUCAUUUGAUUCAAAAUCCCUGCAAUAAAACUCAACUCACUAAACCCAUUGCUAUGGCACCAACAAUAUGCUCAGGGAAAAAACGUCAAACACGUACCAUUGCCACCACAAAUAUAAGACGAAGUGGACAAGGUUCACAUCAACUAAAUCAGGCACUAUCGAAUAUUGUAAAUUAUGUUUCUAAAGGCUCCAGAGUAUCUGCUUCCUUGAGAAUACAUAGCCACAAUGAAACGGAGAGAAACAACAAUACCACCGGUAACUAUCGCAACACAAAUAAUGCGGCCAGUUCAAACUAUAACCACUCGAUGGAAACAAGUGCCACAUUAUCAGCAGCAUCAAAUCAUCGUCAUCAACAGUUUUCCUUUAUAUCGGACAAUGCUGUAACGUCUUCAACACAUUCGGAUACAGAAAAUUCAUUUGAUUUAAGAUUGGCCAAUGAGCCAUUUACAAACGAUUCAAUGGCAACAUAUGGCAGCAAUACAACAAACCCAACCACCUCCACAUCACAGUCAUCGUCAUCAUUAUCAGAUUCAAACACAUCUUCAACAUCAUUAUCAUCACCAUCACAAAGAGAAACAACGUCAUCAUCCACAUCACCAUUGUACGGAGAAGAAAGAAGAUUUCAAAGGUAUUCAUCAGUAAUGCAGGUCAACAACAACAUAGUCGACAAAGGAGAGUGUAGUAGUGAUAAUGACGUAACGGAUUUAUACGAAGAUGACAAUGACAAAGUAAGAACUUCGAAUAAGAAAACAAAUCAAAUACAUUCCAAAAAUCUUAGGAAACACUACUAUGCUUGCAAUGAGUUUGAUUCGGAGGAAGAAUACGACGAGUUGGAAGAUGCCAGAGAGCUAGACAACAGUGACAUGAGUGGUAAUGAAGGUAGUUAUACUGAUAUGGAUACCGAUGAAGGAGACUCUAUGACUAGUUUGGAUACAGAGAAAAGUGCAGAACUUAAAAGAGGCAAUCAUCCCCUACUGAGAGAUAAACUCUUGGCCAAACAACAGACUAACAACAACAGCAGCAGCAACACAGAUGGUUUACUUUCCAUAGCCAUCAAAACAAUAAAAUUGGUUAAACGCAAUCAAUUACUGCAAAAAAGACUUACGCAAUUGCAACUGGAAACCUCGGAAUUUAUACAGUCUGUGUUGGCCAAUCCGGAAAAUCGUCAUUUCCGUGAGAAUAUUAAGCAGAAAGUUCAAAAGGUGGAUAAUGUUUAAGAAAAGACUUUUGGAAUACAAUAACAACAGCAGCAUUAGCAACAUUGAGAAAGUGCGGCCAGGAAUUGAACCAGCCCAAGCAACAUUUUGCAACAACAAAGUUUAACAACACAAAUCAAAACCAAGAAGCUAAACAUUGUGGUGGAUAAAAAGCACAAGUUUUUUUCAAAUUAAGUUGAAAUUAAAUAAAAAAGCUUUUUUUAUUUUUGUUAAAAAAGCUUUUUUUUAAUAUUUAAUACUAAACACACUCUAACACAAACGUGUCAGUUAGUUAAACAACUGAAUUUAAAAAACACCUGUAAAGCCUACUUUUAGGCAGUUUUGGAAAUAUAAAUUAAUUCCACACCAAAUAUUUAGAAGAAAAAAAAAACUGCUAACUACCAUUGUGAUAAAAAUAAUCAUUUUGAAAAUAUUAAUAGAAUUUCUUUUUUUAAAAUCUAAACAUCAUAAUUGUUUUUUCAUAAUUAAACUGCUUUAAUUAAAUUCCCUUAUCAAAAUCAAGAAACAUUUUCUAGUCAACCAUUCAAGUAUUUAUUGUAAAAUGAGAAAGAAAAAACAAGAUUAACGAAAUAAACAAAGCAAAUGUAUAGCAUUGUUGUGGCAGUCAUAUUCAUUCAAAAAUAUUUGUUGUUUUCUAAUAAAAUGAUCUCAUAAUAAACAUUUUAUUUUUGUCAACCAAAAAAAAUUUAUAAAAAUUUUCAUCAAUUAACUAAUAAUUUUUGAAAUUUUGUCUAAAUGGCAAAUAAAAGUUAAACUGAUAGUUUUUAUAUAAUAUAAAUUCAACAGUUUUAAAAGGUUUCGUUAGUCUUAAGUGUUCAUUAUAAAUAACAAAUAAUUCACUUUAAUGGAUACCUAUUAUGAUGGCUUUUUAAAAACAUUUUCACUUGGUGUACAUUCAAUCGUUUUGUUUUUUUUUUUUUGUGAAUUUAAAUUUUUCUUAAUUUGGCUUUAUUU